AUAUUAUCAUCAUAGUAAAGGCUAUUUAACUUUUAGUUAUCCCGUGAAUAUUCUAGCGAUCGUAUAUUCUUUGUGGUAACUCUGUUGAUCUGUCAAGUAUCCGCAUGUUUGACUUACACAGUUCACCCUGGCUAAAUUAAAUCAUCAUCAUCAAUCCCAAAGCUCCCAAAUUAUUUAUAAUGGGAGAAAUCAUGGGUCUGAAAACUGAAAAAGAAACUGAAAAAAAAUCACAGCCAGUGAAAGACAUGAAGGAAGAAGUAGUAACACAUUGUGGACUAUGUGGAAUUUAUCCAAAAUGUUUUCAAAAAUUGGCAACAUCUCAUAUGUUUAUAGUUGUCUAUGGUUUUCUUGGUCUUGUUCAAGCCAUGGCAUUUAUUUAUAUCGUUGUUACUUUAACAACUCUAGAAAAACGGUUUAAAAUUCCCAGUCAAACUACAGGUAUUAUAUUGUCUGGAAAUGAGAUCUCACAAAUAUUAUCGUUGAUUCUGAUGUAUUACGGAGGAGCUGGUCACCGUCCACGAUGGUUGGCUGCUGGAGUAGGUUUUAGUGCAUUGUCUUGCUUUAUCCUAGUUAUUCCUCAUGUCAUCUAUGGUCCUGGUAAAGCUGCUCUUGCGUUGACUCAAGAGUACUUGGACCAAAGUAUUUUGUUGAACGUAACCACGACUACAGGCUUAUCUUUAUGUCCUGGUACAAAUGAACGUGAUCAAUGUGAUGAAGAGGAUCUGAUGGAUGGUAGUUUAUUACCAAGGUUCCUCGUCUUUAUGUCCCAGUUCGUCCUUGGUAUCGGAACAACUCUGUACUUUGGAUUGGGCCAAACUUAUCUUGAUGAUAACACAAAGAAAUCAAACACACCAAUGUUGUUAGGUGUUACUUUUGCGUUGAGAACAACUGGACCUGCUUUAGGAUUCAUCCUCGCCUAUGCUUGUUUAAAAAUUUACAUUGUUCCAUCUCUACAUCCUGUAAUAAGUGAAAAAGAUCCACGAUGGUUAGGAGCUUGGUGGCUCGGUUGGAUAAUUCUUGGUAGUCUUUUACUUAUCUUUGCACUGCUUAUAGCAAUGUUUCCUCGACAUCUUCCUAAACUAAAAAAAAAUCCUAAGAAACACAAAAAGGUAGAAGGCGAAGUACCUUUAAAAACUCAAAGUAAAGGUGAGGGAUUUGCAGAAACUCCAGUUCUUAAAGUAGAAAAAAUUCCUGAAGAAGACCAACACGUUCCAUCGUUAAAAGACUUUCCAAUUACAUUGAAACGAGUACUUUCCAACAAAAUUUUGUUGUGUAAUAAUUUAAGUGCGGUCUUCGGUAUUUUUGGAUUAUUGCCAUACUUUACUUUUAUGGCUAAGUACCUUGAAGUUCAGUUCAAUACUUCAGCAGCUGGUGGCACCGUUAUAACUGGUCCUAUAGCCCUAGUGGGAAUGGUCUUGGGUUUCCUAGGGUCUGGAUUCUUCAUUAGUAAAGUCAAACCCCGACCUACAAGAUUGUUAAGUUGGAAUGUAUUUGGUGGUCUAGUAGCUUUUAUUAUUCAAAUUAGUUACAUCUUCAUCACAUGUAAUCAAAUACCAAUAGCAGGAAUCGAUCCUCUUACAAUGUCAGUAAACUUUACGACAUCCUGCAACAUUAAUUGUAAUUGCGACAAUGUUAAAUACUCGCCGGUCUGUCACGAAGCUUCUAUGACGUCCUAUUUCUCAGCUUGUCACGCAGGUUGCACGAACUCGAUUGAUGCACGGCAUUAUGGCAACUGCAGUUGCGUUCCAAAUCUUCCUGAUGAUGAUUAUAAAGCUAGUGAAUAUAACAUUUCCGCUAUUUCGAGUGAUACAGUUGUGCUUGGACCAUGUCUAGGAAAUUGUACAAAAGCUUACAUGUUAUUUGUUGGUCUAAGUAUGAUCAGUCACUUACUAAUGUCCACUGGAAGAAUCGGAAAUGUUCUGGUCAAUUAUCGAUGCGUUGAAAAAAAAGAUAAGAGUGUUGCCCAGGGUGUUACUCUAAUGAUUAUUUCACUCUUUGCUCUUAUUCCGGGCCCUAUUGUAUAUGGAUUUAUCAUUGACCAGUCAUGUCUUAUCUGGGAAAAUUCCUGCAACAUAAAAGGAAAUUGUUGGUAUUAUGAUAAAGAGAAAUUCCGUUAUUAUUUCAACGUGACUGGAUCUUGUUUUACACUAUUAUCAGUUUUAUUUGAUACCUACGUAUGCUAUCUUAGCAGAAAUCUGGAUUUGUAUGGUGCAGAUGAAGAAGAUAAACGUAAAAGUUUUAUUCAAGAAGACGUGAUAAUAACUCGAGACAAUAAUGAUAAAAUAAUGAUUACGUACAAUGAAAAAACAUAACAUAUCUUACUUGAAUAUAACAUCAAGCAUCAAUUUUCAA